GUAGAGAGAGAGAGGAGAGAUAGAGAGAUACGCUUCUCGAACCUACGCGAAAUCGCUUAUCAGGGCAAAUUACCCUUGGAUUUGCUGGUGAUUUUGCUUUCUGCUGAGACUCAGGAGCUUGAUUUUCCGGGGAAAGUUGUGAUUUUCUAGGAAAGUUUUGAGUUUUUUUGGAAUAAAGGUUUCGGACUCCAGAAAGCAUAGUUGAGGGCAGGUUUUCCACAUUAGCCGUGAUGUUUUAUCAAAAUAUUAUUUGCAUCCUCAAUGGUGGGUAAAAGAUUCUGAGGAAUGUCAGACUUGCGCAUGUAUGAGCUUGAAGAUAAUGUGUGGGAUGCAUUUAGUGAGAGUGAUGACCAUAUAGUGCCUCAUCUUGCUAAGGAAUGUGGAGAUCAAUUUAGAGUUCGCGGUGAUAACCAUAAGAAACCACGACAUGAAAUAGUUAACAUUACGAGUAAUGCUGGUGAUUCUACUAGAUACAAUCAGAGAAAAGAGAAACCUUGCCUGCUUCCUCUGACCAAGAAGGAUAGGAUGCUAGAUAAGGGUUCAUGGUCUCAUGCACCAGAUGAUGUGUUUUCUGCUUGUGAUAGUGGCUUAGUCAAAGAAGUGACAAGUACAGUAUCUGAAGAAACAAGAGUAUCCAACCAUUUUUUGAAAAGUGGAAAUACUGAUUCAGUUGGCAGUGAGUUCUGUUCUGAUGAUCCUAUCUUGGGUGAAAAGAGUGCUGCAGAUGAUACUGACACAUAUCUUUUUCCACUCAGUCACAUAUCUCAGACAGAUAAUGAUCUUAACUUUUUGGACAAUGAUUGUGAAGACAAAGAAAAUGGUGGUCUACUAUAUUGUGGUUUUGACGACAUAGGAAAUUUUGAGGAUGUUGACAGGAUGUUUAGAAGCUGUGAUUCAACAUUUGGUCUGGGGAGUCUCAGUAAUGAGGAUGACUUGUACUGGUUUUCGUCAUCUCAUUCUAUGGAAGGAUCUGAAGAUGCAUUGAAGUUGGGUUCUAAGGUUUCAAGUUCCGAGGCAAGUGCAUUGAAUUGCAUAUCAGACCAUCAUGAUGCUUCUGUGCUAAACAAUGUGGAUUCCUCGGUAAAUGAUUCCAAUAAGGAAAGUCUAAUAACAAGUGAUAAAAUAUGUUCCAAUAUUGCUGGAGCCACUGAAAUUUCAGCUUUCAGUCACUUGCAAUUUCCAAACAGACCAGCUGCAAACUCUGCAAGCAAGGAUGACUUAGUGCUUAACUAUCAGUUCGAUAGCCAUAGAAGUCAGCCAAGGCACCGAAACCACUCAGAAGGGAAGAGAAAAGAACAAAACCUGGGUAAUGGUGGUUCUUUCCGUCAUAAUGGUAACUUAAAGCAAUAUGCAGAUGCAAAGUGUUCAAUUAGGGAUCUGCCCCAUCAAGUUCUUUCUCCUACAGGGGUUCAGCAACACAAACAAAACAUAGUUUCAGAUUCCAUGAAUCAAUUGCAGACACAUUUGCCAUAUAUGCAUAUGGAUUAUGGUCAUUCUUCAAAUCAAACUUCAGUCUGUCCAAAUCAAUCUGGAAUCAAAUCUGAAAGUGAUGGCAUCCAAUCUCUUUCUCCAAAGGAGUCUACAUUUGAAUCAAAUCAAGUACAAUCCAUGGAAAGUUCUCAUGGUCCCUCAUCAGCGGCUCCUGCUGUAACAACCAGGAAGAUGGAAAGGCUAUAUCAUAACCAGGAUUUACAAGUCCCGUGUGCCAGGAAUUUCAAAUGUGCAAAUACUCCGAGUCCAACAGGAUUUUAUGAUUCAGUUCAGAAUCAAGCUCAUCACUCUGGAUACGAGGUUGAAGGUCACAGUGAAAUUGAAGGAGUUAGCAUGGGGAUUCCAGCAGAGCUAGAUUCUUCAACUGCCCAAGAAAGCUCUUGUAUGAGCUCUGUGUUGGAUGAAAUCUCACUAGAAGCAACUAGUUUUUGCCAGCUACAACAAGUUAUGGAACAGUUGGAUAUUAGGACAAAACUGUGCAUAAGAGAUAGUCUAUAUCGCUUGGCUAGGAGUGCUGAACAAAGGCAUAAUUGUGUGAAUGCAAAUGGCGGUACGAGAGAUGAUAGAGACACAAACAAUCCAUUGAUGGCUGAAGAAACAAACGAGAGCACUGGGUUCUUUGAUAUGGAAACGGAUACAAAUCCCAUAGAUCGGUCUAUAGCACAUUUAUUGUUUCACAGGCCUUCAGAUCCAUCUUUGAUGCCCGUCAAUGAUGGUUUGUCACUAAAGUCACAUGCCAUGGUUCAUGGGUCUGUAACGAGUCCAUCCAUGAUGGCUAAGGAGCAAGUUUGCCAGGAUGAAACUGCCAGUGUUUCAGAUAAAAGUUUGUUAGAUCGAGGAAAAAGGAUCUUGUUAAGAGGAGAGAUUAUGCCAUGAAAGAAGCAAGGAGAUCAAAUCCAUUUCAAAGAAACAGCCAGUCUUCUGGUUUCUAUUUUUCCUUUUGAAGAAAAUUUUUCUUUUUUUUUUUUGUGACAUAUAUAUUUAUCGCGUUCACUUAAAAUGAUAGAAUUUAAAAUUUCUAAUUUAAAAAAAAAAUUCAAAUCUUGUACAAUUAAAAUAAUAAAUCAUUAUAAAAUGUAUUUUUUAAUUUGUUAUUAUUUUUGUAAAAUAAUUAUUUUUUAUCAUUAUAAAUAAAUAUUUAAUUUUAAUUAUGAAGAAA